ACUAACCAUCAUGGCGGCCUCCGAGGCAGCUUUUGGAAGCGUGAGAACGCGUUAUAAUGUCUAACGUUUGAUUCACCCACUAAUCGACCUUGAUAUCAAUUAUAUUUAUUCUUCUUCAUUUAAGCUGGAUUUCCACCCACCUGACUGGCAUUUCGAAAGUUGUGACCCAAAGGAACCAGUAACAUACACCUUGAAAUGGCGUCAUAUAAACCUACAAAAAUUCCAGUUUAUCCUAAACUUGGUGAGAAAGUCACACAGGACACUCUGUAUUGGAAAAACUACAAGGCUCCAGUCCAGAUAAAAGAAUUUGGAUCAGUGACACAUAUCGACUUCUCUCCUGUUGCCCCACAUAACUUUGCAGUAACAGCAUUUACACGAAUCCACAUUUAUGGCCCAUUUUCUCAGGAGCCAAUAAAGGCAUUUACACGGUUUAAAGACACCGCAUACAGUGGGAGGUUCCGUUCAGAUGGUCAGCUGCUCGUGGCGGGAUGUGAGGAUUCGGUUGUGAGGCUGUUCGAUGUGAAUGGCAAGGUGGCACUUAGGAUGUUCAAAGGACACACAAAAGCUGUACAUGUGACUGACUUCACCUCGGAUCGGUACCAGAUUGUCACCGGGUCGGACGACUACACCUGUAGACUUUGGGACAUCCCUAAUGCGACCGAGCUUACCAGCUAUCAAGAACACACGGAUUACAUUCGCUGUGGCGUUACCAGUAAACUCAACAGAGAUCUCUUCAUUACGGGAUCAUACGACCACACUCUUAAAUUGUUUGAUGCUAGAGUGGAUAAGUCUGUAAUGACUAUGAACCAUGGCCAGCCAGUGGAAAGUGUACUUCUGUACCAUUCUGAGGGACUCCUUGUCUCAGCAGGGGGACGCUAUGUCAAAGUGUGGGAUCUGCUGAAAGGUGGCCAGCCCUUGGUGUCACUGAGGAACCAUCACAAAACAGUGACUUGUUUGUGUCUUAGCAGCAGUGGCCAAAGGCUGCUGUCAGCCUCCCUGGACAGGCAUGUGAAAGUAUACAACACAACCAACUAUAAAGUGGUUCACAACUUUGACUAUGCUUCCUCCAUUCUCAGUCUGGCUUUGGCUCCAGAGGACGAGACUCUUACUGUGGGUAUGACUAAUGGUAUCCUGAGCAUCAAACACAGGAAAAGCCCUGAGGAGUCAAAUGAACAGUCAGGUCAACACCGGCGGCGACCAGCAUAUCGUGUGUUUGUGAAAGGGAAGAACUACAUCCCUAAACAAGAUGAUUAUCUUGUCAGUAAACAUGUCAAGCAGCAUUUGGCAAAAUAUGACAAAUACUUGAAACACUUCAAUGUUACAAAGGCUUUGGACGCAGCAAUGGAGUCAUGGACGAGACGCAGGAAUCCCGAAAUUCCCGUCGCUGUUAUAAAGGAGUUGGAUCGAAGAGGAACUUUGAAAAACGCCUUAGCGGGACGUGAUGAAAAACAGGUUUCUCAGUUACUCAACUUUUUAAUAGGAAACUUGGUUGACAUUAGGUUCGCUCCUGUCCUCGUCAUAGCGGCCGAGAUGAUCCUCGACAUUUAUAAGUCUGUCAUUGGCCAGUCAUCCAUCGUGGACAGCCAGCUUUUGCGUCUCCAGGAUCUGCUGGAGAGAGAAAUUGACUACCAGCAAGACCUCCUGGAAGUCUUGGGUAUGUUGGACACUGUCUUUGCGUCCCGUCUACCGAGGAAGGAGGUGCCGUGCCCAGUUGGGUCCAACGGCCUGGCUGAGGGGGAGGCGAGUACCUCGGGACCUCAGCUCCAGGCUACCUGACCAUUCAAGGAUGGAUCACAACUCUUGAAAGGUUGUGUUAAAAAAAAAAAAAAGUCUUUUGGGAUUUUAGUUUCUAUCUCGCUUGAUGUGAUAGCCCUUAUGUCAUCGAAUCAUCAGUUUGGUUCAUGUUUCAAGAGACUUUUAAACACUCACGUUUCAAUAACAUUUGUUUUUGUGGAUAAGGAUUCUCUGAAAGAAAUUCAAAAUGUGUUAUAUUGAACAGUUUUUUAUUAUACUUUCAAUUGUAAAUGUAGAAGUGUGAGUUUGUCGAUGGCUGUUAUGUUCACCCCUUUAUAUUCAAUGACAAUUGUGUAGUAGAAAGACAUGAAUUAAGUUUUGCAAUAAAAGAAAUCGCACCAGCAAAACACUUU